AAAUGUAACGACGCAACGAACCACUACAGUAGGGUAUGAAUCAACGUGGAUGAUGAAUAAUUCCACUUAUGGAGUCACUAACUUGUCAUUUGGUUGCGGGAAUGCUUCUGGCUGUGUGAAGUAUUGUAACUUUUGUUCUGAGGGUCCUGUACAACCAAUAAUGCAUUGUCUUUCCAAUUUGUUGUGGCAUAAAUGUGUCCUCACAUUUGACGCUGCAAUGGAGUCACUAAACCACACUGACUGGUGCAUUUGGAGUAAAGUGAACAGUCUCUAUAGUAAGUUGAGCAAUUGCACAGAGGAGAUAUCCGACUGUCUCCUGAUCCCAUGGCCCAACAGACUGGUGGAACGUGUGUUUAUGGAAACUCACUCCAUAUAUUUCAAGGAUUGUCCCACAGAGGAGCUACGUGACCCACCACCACUCAUCAUCUUUGCCCUGGUGAUAACUCCAAUCUGCCUGAUUCCUGCUAUGGUUAGCCUGGUGGUGCUCAAAACCAAGAAUGGGGAUGGAAGCUCCUGAUAAUCUCUGCUAUGAUCAUGAUCACCAUCAAGUUUUUGACCUAUGCUUCCCCAUCUGUUCUCAUCUGAGGACACACAUGGGCCUCUGCUGCAUUUUCAUCUCACCAGUGACUUUGCAGAGCACUGACUCUUUAUGAUAAAGUUUACCUGUGCUUCAUAACACGGACAACUUCCAAAAUAUUUAUAUAGCCAUUGAGGAACCUAACCAGAGAUGAUUCAGCAUGAAUGCCAUAAUCAAUUGCAUCAUAAUUAUAGCAGCUGUCCAAGUUUCUGGUGUUAACAAAUUCUUACUGUGAUAAAAAAAAUGUUAUUAUAAAUUCUGUACCAUACUGUAUCUGUUUUUAAAGUAAUGGUUCUGACAAAAGUUUUGUUUUCAACCACUGACUUGAGAUCUGACACUGAAUGAAUCAGUCACAUCCAAUUUGCACACAAUACUCAGAAAACAGAGCUUGAUAUUGAUUAUGUUGAAUAACCCAGUAUUCAGGGUUAUGAUGACAAAAGCUCUGGAGCUUGCUAAGUUGAAGGCAAAAUAUAUUUGUAUUGACAUUCCUCAUUAUGUUGGACAACAUUUGUACUGAUAAAAGACAAGGUAAUUUUUUUCAUUACUGAACUUAACUAUGCUUUGUGCUCGAUAUGCUAUCUAAACUGAUGAUGUUCAUUUUGAAUCGGAAGUACGUAUGUGUCCAUGUUUGAUAUAUAAAAAGGUUAUGUGAGUCAAACUGUAUGGAAGGUGUGGGGGUUAGAGGUUACACAAUGAGAGGUUACGCCCUGAGAAGAACUCUUUCCUGUUUCCUAGUAUGAAACCUUGCAGCAUGUUCCUCUGUCCAAACACUGACAAUCCUCAUGAUCAUAUGGUGAGCUAACUUAAUCUAACAUCUCCAAACAGUCCAAACAAAAGAUAUGACUUGUCUGAGCAGCUUAGUGAUAAAAACUGAGCGACGAUAUGACGAACAAAAAGUGUUAUCUUUCGCCUGAAUCAUGACAAUGUGUUGUUUUUUAAAAAGUUGUUUUUAAUGACGAUAAAGCCAUUGUAAGUGCUUUCAGAUUGGGAACAAAAUGUUUAUUUAUGUGUUGUGUUUAAUUUCUGCUAUUGUCAGGAGGAGAAUACGUCCUUUCUGUUCUCACUCCAUGUAAUGUAUACCAUUUGAUAUACUUCAAACAUUUUUUUUUUAUAAAGUUAAAUCUAAG